AUGCUAGAUGAAAGCACUGAUAUUUCUGUUUACCAAAACUUGAUCAUUUACAUUCGUUUGUUAGAACGUGAUUGCUUUGGCACAGUGCCUCCACAAACAUAUUUUUUGGCUAUCAAUCGACUUGAAAGGGCAAAUUCUGAAUCCAUCUAUUUGAAAACUAUUGAGUUUCUGGGCAAAAAGAGGAUCAAAAUUUCUGAACUGUGUGGUGUCAGUACAGAUGGGGCUUCAGUCAUGACUGGUCAUAAGUCGGGUGUUGUCACUUGUUUUAAGAAAACUGUCCAAGGUGUCCUUGCAACACACUGCAUUGCACACAGGUUAGCCCUUAGCUGCUGCAGUAGUGCUGAUAACAUACCCUAUUUGGUUAAGUUCCAGGAGAUUUUGAACUCUGUUUAUAAGUACUUCAAGAACUCCCCCAAAAACAUGGCCACACUGCCUGCCAUUCAGACUGUACUUCAGGGUCAGACAGUCAGAUUUAAGGAAGUCUUCCAUACCUGUUGGUUAAGCUUUGAGGGGUCUGUUGAUGCUUUGGUCAAGAAUUAUUCCAGCCUCUUGUCAGUAUUCUUAGAGGAGAGUUCGGGAAAAGCUCUCUCCCUCUAUAAGCCUAUUUCUACAUACAAGUUUUUGUAUGUAGCCCAUUUCUUGUGUGAUACUCUUAAACCACUGGCCAUUUUGUCAAAAAUGUAUCAAAAGAAGGAUCUGACAUAUUCAGAGAUUUCUCCUCUUCUUUCCUCUACUAUUGGUAUCCUUGAGGAUCUGCGUGACAACAGAUCUGGUCACAUGCUAGCAAAAUUCCUGAAGGUUACUCCCCAGGAACCUAAACUUGAUGGACUGACUCUUGAAUUCCAAAGAACAGAUAAGAUGGACAAAGUUGUAGUGUUAGUUUCUGUUAUCUUGUUAGCAGGAUCCAUCAGUGCAGUUUGUGUGGAGGAGGGAGAGGUACGUUUGUGUGCAGAGGAGCGUUUGCGGGUGUCUCAACAGAAAAAAACAGUCGUCCGACUGUACAAGUAG